AUUUUGAGCUCUCGUUUUGAGACUAAUUUAGGAUAGCUAACAUGUUGUAAAUAAAUUUUAUAUACAGUUUUAGUCAAUGAGUUAGUUCGAAGGUUCACAGACUGAAGUGGCUUUAUUGAACAGUUUUUGCGCGGUAAGAAUUACUAGACUAACUUGCUUGGAAGUGCAAAAUGCUGCUUCAUUUUCUGGUUACUAGGCAACAGGAUUGUAAGUUCUUAAUUCAAAAUUUAUCAGAUGCUUCUGACGCCACUUCAGAUUUUGUACCUGAAGAAAUGGAGAGUCCUCUCAAUAUUAGAUCUAAACCUCUACCUGAAAUGGCUGAUCUUUCUUCUGAAGGCUUUGCUCAAGGCAUGGAUUACGUCUCAAGAGACAUAAAAAAUACACAUCCAGUUACAGUCAAGGAUACUCACCAGAGUCCUUUCGACUUCAGCGCUGAAGAUAUACCUGAUCCAGCUAUGUAUCGAGAUGGUGGCUGCAGAAGGACCCUUCUAUCCAAAUCGGAAAGAAGUUGUCUCGAUAAAUUCGAAACAUCGGUCGCGGAGAGUCAAAGCAUUAGAGAUGAUAGAGAGAAGACGAGAAAAAUCUGUUGUGUUAUAGUUGAUUAUGAGAAAUGCAGUUUCCGAGGUUACGAGGAAGCAAAUUGCUAUGUUGAUAAGGAUGAAGUUCGGAAUAACAUACUAGCUACCGCACCAUUCAUGACUUUCUUCGUCAGCAAGCAUGCUUGCACCGUAUUCCGUGGGCAGUGCCAUUUGCUUUCGUCUUCUAGAGCAAUAACGCUUUCAUGGCUAGCUCUGUUGCCUUUCGGGCUAAUGCUUUUAUAGUAGACAUUCCAGCAGUUUCCUGAGAUUUUAUAGAUUGGAAAAUGUAACAUUCAUGUACCGUUAAGGAUUUUAAAUAAAAAUUAUAGUUUAAUUA